CAAACCACGCACACACACAGCGAGAAGAACGGAAAAAGAAAGAACUACUCGUUUCUUUUCUUCUUCUCCAGUCGAGUCCAGUCCACCAACUUCCAGUUUCCCCCACAUAAUUCAUCUCCUGUCCUCAAGUCGCCGGAUCCAGAAAUUCGCCGCAGGUUGUGGCGGAUUCUCCAUUACCCAGAUUCCGAAUUAGGGUAGCCGGAGAUCUGUUAAUCCUCCAAAAUGGGGAAGGGCGGCGGCUGUGUUCCCAGCAAGAAGAAACAACCUCCCGUCGCCGACAAUCCUCCUCAGCCGGCCCCCUCCACCGCCGCUGCCACCGCAACCACCCCCGCAUCGGCCCAUUCGACGAACACCACCGACGAGAACCACGCCGGUACCAACAGCCAUGUCGUGGCCGCCGCAGACGCCGCAAUUGAACCUCCUCCCGCCGCGAAAUUGAAGAUACUCAUCGUGUUCUACUCGAUGUACGGCCACGUGGAGUUUCUGGCUCGGAGGAUGAAGACAGGCGUGGACGGAGUCGAAGGAGUCGAGGCGCUGCUGUAUCGGGUCCCGGAGACGCUGGCGAGCGAGGUUUUGGAGCAGAUGAAGGCGCCGCCGAAGGACCCUUCGAUCCCGGAGAUAACAGCGGCGGAAUUGGUUGGUGCGGAUGGGAUUCUGUUUGGGUUCCCCACGAGGUAUGGGUCAAUGGCUGCACAGAUGAAGUCGUUUUUCGAUUCCACCGGCCAAUUGUGGAAUGAGCAGAAGCUCGCCGGGAAGCCAGCUGGGUUCUUUGUUAGCACCGGAACGCAAGGCGGCGGUCAAGAAACCACGGCGAUGGACAGCAAUCACCCAGUUGGCUCACCAUGGCAUGUUGUUUGUUCCCGUGGGCUACACCUUUGGUGCUGGUAUGUUCAAGAUGGACUCUAUCCGAGGGGGCUCACCAUAUGGUGCUGGAGUUUUUGCUGGUGAUGGUUCGAGACAACCGAGUGAAACCGAGCUGGCACUUGCAGAACACCAGGGCAAGUAUAUGGCCACAAUAGUGAAGAGGCUCGCUCAUGCUUGAUCUAAGAAAGUGUUUGUUAUCUCUCGUUUAUGGCAAGGAAGAAAAUGGUGAGCCGCUUGUCAGUUUGAAAUCGUCUGUUUGUUGGUGUUUUAUUGGAUUUGUGAAUUUGCAGAAUUGAAUAUACUUCACCCUACAAAUAGCUCAGCUU